AUGCACUUCAACUGCAUUACCCUCUCCCUCGCUGCCGCCGCCUUCGUGCAGGCUGGCAUCCAGUUUGAUAGCGACGAAAUCCCAAGGCAGUGCAACGCUGUAUGCCGCCCCAUCUUCAGCCUCACUCAGGCCUGCAAGGUCAACGACAAUCUAGUCAACAACCUCACUAAGGACCAACUUGAGGCCCAGUGCGUCUGCACCAACAACAGCAUCAACGUCGCCCAGUACGCCGCCCUAUGCGCCAGCUGCACGGAACAGAACAUUGAGGACGUCGGGGACGUCGGGGACCUUGAUGAUGGGUCUUCACUUGAGAAGCGGCUUUUGCAGUCCAAAGAAGUGCAGAAAAAUACGCCAGAUAUCAAUGACAUUAUGAGGACCUGCGGCUUCGCCAGCACCUUAUACGUCGCUACUGCCUCCUACGCCUCCACUACGCCUUCCGUAUCCGCCGCCCGCCUUAGCAACUCAGCCCACCUAACCACCACCAUCACCCCAGGAUCCAGCGCCAGCUACAGCUCCAGGAACAAUAACAACAACAACGGCGGCAGCAGCAACGCCACCCCUACCAACGGCAACCAGGCCACCCAGACCCCUAAUGCUGCCGGCAUUCGUAAAAAUAAACUUAUCUACUAG